UCGCUCUUCCAACUAACGGGGGCAAAAUGGCAAUUCUAGCUUGGACGCCACAUCCAACGGCAGUUCCCGCGGCGGUAAGAGCUUCGUGGGACACCCAACAAAGACCCUCUUACAACCCCAACGCUCCACGAAAGCUGAAGCCCAACCCCAACCUUAAGCCCUCACGGACCGUCACCCUCACCACCCGCACCGACCCAUCAGUUUUCGACGUCCUCAAGCGUCCCACUCAAGAAGUAACGCCCGUAAAGGUAGAUAUGGAUGAGUCUUAUAUGGGAUACGAGAGAUGGCUGCCAACCCCUCCAAAAGUGGAGAAGCCUCGAUCAGUUUUCAAUGCGGCAACAUUAGCUUAUAUUGGUGAUUGCAUUUAUGAGCUGUACACGCGCAGGCAUUUUUUGUUUCCUCCACUCAGUAUUGAAGAAUAUAACGAUCGUGUGACUUCAGUAGUACGCUGUGAGGCACAAGAUGCAUUGCUCCAGGAACUUCUUAAUGAUAGUUUCCUAUCAAAUGAUGAAAGGAAUGUUCUUCGAUGGGGAAAGAAUAUUAGUUCGUCUAAAACACGGACAAAAAAGCGAGCUGGUGCAGCAGUUUAUAACAGAGCAUCGUCACUGGAAACACUAAUUGGUUAUCUCUACCUGACAAAUGUGAAUCGGCUGGAAAAACUCAUGGUAAAACUCGGAUUUUCCACUGGUGCAUCUACAGAAAUGAUACUGAAGGAAGUAAAUGGUGCAAAACCAGUACAGUAGAUAGGCUGUUCAAGAUGAAGCCUCCUAUAUAAAUUUUAGACAACAUAUAAUGUAGGCUUUUGGCAUUUGCUUUUGUAUUUAUAAUUGUUUGUAUGAUCAGUUAUAAAAUUCGAUGUGAGCAGAAAUACAAAGAACUAUCGAAAA